AUGCCUCCCAAACAAUUUAAAAAAUCAUUUGCAGCUCAAGGAAAAUUAGAGCAACAACAACGAGAGAGGAGUAUCCGAGAAAAGGAGAGUCAUCUCAAAGCAAAAACUUAUUUGGAGCACUUGGCUGUCGAUUAUAUUAUGAAAACUGUGGUAUUUGAGAAUGCCGAACAAUUGCCUCCCUUUGAAGAAAUGAAGAAUAUUCUUGUGAUGGCACUCAAAACAUCUUUAGCAAGACAACAAUCGGAAACAAUGAGCUCAUACGGCACAACAAAUACAGUCUAUUCCGAAAUUGAGAAAUAUAUUGAUGAAUAUACAGAAUUUUUGAUUAGUGUUUUGAAGAGAGAAAUCAAGAAUGCUGCUUCCGAGAAACAUGAAUCAACUUGUCUCAUUAAUUUCAACAUUAAAGAGGUAAAACCUCUCACAAAGAAUGAAGGAGAAGCUUUUUCUGAGGCCAUGAACAAGAUAUCACUGGUUGAUUUAGUCACCAAGUAA